AUGGAGAUACCUAUCCAAGGUAGAGGGAAGAGUAGCCUUUUACACCAAAGGCUUCAAAACAAAGUAUGUAAAUGUAGAAAACAGCAGCAUUCUUGUGGUCCAGGAUGUUUAUGUUUAAAUUUUGUAAAUACUGGGAAUGGUGAAAUAGAACUAGAUGAUCUUCAUGAAAUAAUUGCAGAUGAACUCCUGGAAGUACAACAAGAAUCAAAUGAUGAACGCAAUUUUGAAUUUGAGAAGACUGAAGACAUUGAUGAGUAUGACCUGUCUGAAGAUAAUGUAGUGGAGAUGUUUGAAGCAGAUGAAGUUGAAAAAUAUCCAUGCUGGAUGAUGUCACAUCUUUCCGAAAACCGUCGCGACGCGACAGGGUACGAGUUGACGGACUGGAUCUACUCUGCAAUAAUGGCAACGUUUUGGGAAGAAACGAAAAGAACGUUGGAACUCGUAGACGCUGAUGGCGAUGGUAUGGUUUCAUGGAACGAGUCUUUAAUAUUUUAUUUCGGUGAAUCUGAAGAUGAAGACGACAGGCGAUAUCGAUAUGAUUACUACAGUCAAGAGAUUGAACAAGACCAACUUCGUUUUGACUUAGCAGACGACAACAAUGAUGGAUCGCUGACCGUGGAUGAAUUCUUUGCUUUUCUUCAUCCUGAAUUAUAUAACCACAUGAAGGAUCUAAUCACAUGGAAAUUUUUUGCUGAUUUUGAUAAAGAUAAAGAUGGUGGCGUUUCAUUAUUAGAGUACAUUCCUCCAAAUCCAUUGCCUGACGAGGAAGAAGAUAUCGAUAAUGAUGGAGAACCACGCUGGGUCGGCAAAGCCAAGGCACGUUUUGCUAUGAUAGACAGCAACAAAAAUGGUAUACUGGAAGUGCCAGAAGCAUUGGCGGUCUUGAUGCCCGACUAUCAUCGUGCUGCAAACAGCGAGGCCAGAAGAAUAAUGAAGAAUGUUGACGAAAAUGAGGAUGGCAAAAUGAGUUUGAAAGAAGUUAAAAAACACUACAAGGUGUUUACAGAGAACGAACAUGUUGAUUUUAACUCUCAGAUACGGAGAAUUAGAGAUGAACUUUGA